AAUUUUUAGUAGAACAUUUUCAUCGUUGGCGAGAAGUUGUGAGCGCAAAAUUUCAAACAAAUAACAUUUUGCUCCCAGAGUGAGAUACAAAUUUUGUGCCUCUGAUGUAUCAGAAAAAAUCGUAGACAUUUAUGUUGGUCUCGUUGCGGGACGGCUCGCAAAGUUGAAUAGAAACUAAAAAUAUCUAAAAAAAAAGAAAAAAUGUUUUCUUAAAAGAAAAUUGUCAGUGAAAACAAAAACAACAUAAAAGACAAAAAGAAGAAAAAAACAAAGUUUUAUCAUAAAGUGAUUGCAGAAACAAAACAAAGAUAAAAAGGACUUUUUUUCGUGAAACCGGUGCAUGGUCUUUCCCACAUCAGCAAAAGGCGGCCACAAGCACCACCACAACGCCCCGUGGCAAAAACCAAACUUGAAAGACAAUCAUCCGCGCUAAACAAACCAGUGCAUAAUUUUGUGUAUUUCGGGUAAUUUAAAUUCACCGCCACCAUUACCCACUAUUACCACCCAAUUCAGCAACAGCAACAGCCCUUGGAGGACGUUUGUGCUGUUGGUGAAUCGGUGGACUCCAUGAUGGCUUUGCCCAUGAAUUCUCUAUAUUCCCUGACAUGGGGUGACUAUGGCACCUCAUUAGUAUCGGCCAUCCAGCUGUUGCGUUGUCACGGCGAUUUGGUCGAUUGUACGCUGGCAGCGGGUGGACGCAGCUUUCCGGCCCAUAAAAUUGUUUUAUGUGCUGCAUCACCGUUUCUGCUGGAUUUGUUAAAGAACACCCCCUGCAAACAUCCGGUCGUUAUGUUGGCCGGUGUCAAUGCCAACGAUUUGGAGGCAUUGCUGGAGUUUGUCUAUCGUGGUGAGGUGAGUGUCGAUCAUGCCCAAUUACCAUCACUGUUGCAGGCAGCACAAUGUUUGAAUAUACAAGGGCUGGCGCCACAAACUGUGACCAAAGACGACUAUACGCAUUCGAUACAAUUGCAACACAUGAUACCCCAACACCACCAUGAACAAGAACAAUUGAUUGCCACCAUUGCCACGGCUCCCCAACAAACGGUACAUGCUCAAGUUGUUGACGACAUACAUCAGGCUGGACAAAUUCUGCAAACGACCACACAAACUCAACAAGGACAACAACAGACCAUUGUGACCACAGAUGCUACCAAGGAUGUUAUACAACAAUAUUUGCCGGCACGCAAACGUAAACCCCGUGUUAAGAAAAUGUCACCCACUGCUCCGAAAAUCACUAAAGUUGAAGGCAUGGACACGAUUAUCAGCACCCCAACAACAUCUCAUCCCACGGCCACGGUACAGACGACCCAGCAACAACAGGUCCAACAGCAGCAACAACAACAACAACAGCAGCAACAGAUCGAAAAUGGUAAUGACGGCUCAAUGAUCACCUCGACACCGAUUAUCAAGAGUGAAGUUACCAAAGUGGAAACGAUCGUUAUGGACCCGAACACAAGUGGUGAAAUAAGCAUUUCAACACCCGGCAAAACUGGCAAACGUACCAAGAAUUUGAGUGGAGAGAAACCUCGUUCCCGAUCACAAUCCGAACAACCGGCCACAUGUCCCAUCUGUUAUGCUGUCAUUCGUCAAUCGCGCAACUUACGUCGUCACUUGGAGCUGAGACAUUUUGCCAAACCCGGUGUGAAAAAGGAAAAGAAAACUCCCGGUAAGAAAACCGCCAUGGCUGUACCGCCCGGUUCAACGAAUGCAUCUGGUACAUCGACAGUGACCACGACAUCGGUUAGCACGGUGCCGCAAGUGCAAUCGGUACAAUCGUUGCACACCCUACAGACGGUGCAAGUUAAGAAGGAUCCUGAUGCACAAAACCAAGGACAGACAAUGACAGUGACCACGACAACAACGGGCAGCAACAACAACAACGGACAACAGCAGAAUCAGCAACAGCAGAACCAGCAACAACAAAACCAACAACAGCAACAACAGGUGCAACAAGUUCAAGUUCAACAGGCUCAACAGAUACAACAGCAUCAUAUAAUCGAUCAAUCGGGCAAUAUAUCCACCACGACGACUACAACAACCACGGGACAACAGCAGCAACAACAACAACAAGCCCAACAGCAACAACAGCAGCAGCAACAGAAUCAACAACAAGCCCAACAGAUUGUAACACAAACCGAAAAUACCGAUGGCACCACCUCGCUAUCCAUUGCCCAGGUGCAAACCCUGCCCUCGGGCCAUCAAAUUUUGGGCAAUAUCAAUCAGGUGAAUAUGACUGAAUACCAAACACAUCCAACAUUGUGAUGAGUGGGUGGUGAGAGAGCGUAAGAAAGAUAGAGAGAGUGGACGGAUGACAAAACUAAUUGCCACACACGCACACAAACACACGCAAAGAAAAAAUUAUUUUAAAAAAAAAAAAAAAAAAAAAAAAAAUUAAGACAAUUUGUUUUUUAUUUCCUAAUUUUUUUUUUUCAAAUAUUCUUAGAAAAACAUGUAGAGAGGGGAAGAAAGCAUACAUCUUUCUUGGCUUUAAAUACUUAUUUUCUUUGUUUAGAUUUUUAGAAAAUUUAGAAAUAAGUAGAACGUCAUAACAACACCUUUAGUGGAAUUGUUGUACUCCUCCAGAAACCAACCCCCCUUCCCCAAAAUGACAAGCUAUUUAUUGUAUUUGAUUUAACCUAGAUUGGAAAAAUUCAUGGAAGAAAUCUGAAGAAAUAAAUGAUUUCUGUAGCCAACAAUUUAUCUUCUUCCAUGAAAUUGUCCAAAUCUGCGACUUCUUUCUGAAUUGGUUUUGUUAUGUUUCACCCAAGGUUUUAUGUUUUUUAUUCGGUAGUCUAUAUAAACAAUUAUGUCAAUAGCCUAAGUUUAAUACUAACCCCCAAAAACCCUUUAGUUUGUAAAUUAUUAAAAUUAACUAAAAUUCUUUUGGUUUAACUUAAAGAAGUUAAAAAAAAAAAAAAACAAAAAUAAAUAAAUAAAAUUCUGUAGAAUAAUUUUUUGAUUAUCUUUGUUCUGUUUCCAUUUACCAUUUAAGAGCUAUGUACUUUCUUUUGCUUUUCGUAAAAUUAAAUCCCUUUUGGUUCUUGAAAUUGCAUUUUGUGUUUUUCUCCCCCUGUAUGUUCUUACCUGCCUUUGGUAGAGCUAAAAGCUUUUCCCCCACCACACCCCGGCAAAACCCCCAAUGCUAAUUGUGUCCUGUACUAUUUGUUUUAAAUAUAGUUAUAACUUAGUUUUGUAUGUAAUUUGCUUUAAAAACUUGGUUUUAAGUUAUCUUCGUUUUAUCCCCCCACCCUUAUGUUAAAUAAUUACUCUUAUUCUUUUAUCUUUUCUCUUACAAAAAAAAAACUUUGUGUUAGAUAAAUUAAAAAAUAUCUAUAAAUAGAUAAUAAUUAAAAAAAAAACAAAA